CUCUCUCUCUAACUUCUCGAUUCGAUCGCUUCGGUUGCCUGCCGGACUCUCUGUUUUUUUUUUCUUCCUCCUGCUCUCGUCUGGCUGCGCCGUCGUCUGCGGAGGUUCAGAUUGGCGUGGUGAGGCGAUUGCUUUCUUGGAGCCGGGAUCGGGCGGGGUCGUCGUCAUUGUGCGGGUGAAUCUGUUAUUGCUGUCACCGGCCUUGUUACGGCCUUACGGGCGCCCGAGCUUCGAUUGGUUUCUCGGCCCUGUUCGGGGUUUCGCCGGCCGUUUGGGUUUGUUCGCCGUGCCACCAUAGGAGUUCUUGCUGCUGCUGUAGGAUUUUUGGCUUCUCAGUAGUCAGUACAAGGACGAUAUCGACUGACAGACAGAUUCAGUUCCUACCUAGUUCAGGGCUCCAGGCUACGUACACGUAAGGUAAGUGACGAGACAAGAUGGUGCACCAGGGCGAGGAGCUGCCGCAGGCAUGGUGGUUCGACAGCCACAACCUCGCGAGGCCAUCUCCAUGGCUGAACAGCACGCUUUCAGAGCUGGAUGACAAGACGAAGCAAAUGCUGAAGCUGAUCGACCAAGACGCGGACUCCUUUGCCCAGCGCGCUGAGAUGUACUACAAGAAGCGGCCGGUGCUGGUGGACAUGCUGGGCGACCUGUACCGCACGCACCGCUCCCUGGCGGAGCAGUACGACCUGCUGAAGCACAGCAGCGGCACGCGGCACACGGUGUUCGGCCUGUCCUCCUGCACGCAGAGCCGGUCCCAGGCGUCGUCGACGAAUGGCAAGUCCACGCCUCGCUCUUCCUGCUCGGCCUCCAUGUACGAUUCGGAGUCUGAAGUGGAUGACCCCGAGCAAGAAGACGAGGAAGAGCAGGCAGCAGAGCCGACGCGUGCGGGGACCAUCAAGACAGAACCGUCGUCGCAACAGCAAGAGCGUGAGCAGGCGGAGCAGCAGAUGCGUGCGGAGAUCGAGAGUCUCAAGGCGCAGAACGCGGCGCUGCAGAAGGCGGCCGAGGAGAACGCGGCGGCGCUCAGGGCGGAGCUGGCCGGGAAGGACGAGGAGAAGAGGGAGGUGAUCAGGCAGCUGGCGUCGUCCAUGGACGUGAUGAGGCAGGAGAACCUGACGCUGCGCGAGCACAUCGCCAGGGGGUCAUCGUCCAAGCAUUCCUCAUCUGCGCCCCGCGCGGCGGCGUUCGAUCUCAGGAAGGUGGCCAGGAGCCUCUUCUCCCCGAGGCUCUUCACCGCACACUGCAGGCAUACGGGCCCCAUCGUCGCGCUCUGAGCCUCAGAUUGUGUCACCUGAUGACAAGGCGCUGCAGGAUGGAAUCGUGAAGUGAGACAGCAUAACAGCAUGUAGUUGAUCAUGAUAUAUGCAUUUGUAGUAGGUGAGUAAUGUGCAUAUAGGAUAGCAUCGGUGACCCUCCCCAGUCUGAUUUCUCAGGUUUAUAGCAGCUAAAUUGGAGGGAGCACUCGUUUUGACUGGUGGUGCUUUGCACCUGUAUUUACCGCUACCGCCGUAGUAGUUAAUUGUAGUUAAAUAUUUAUUAGCCAAUAUGGAUGCAUGUUUGUAUGAUGGCGUUAAUUAUACAUGGAGUAUAGUUAAGUAUUCUUUUGUGUU